CAGUCGAAAUAUUGUGUAGUUCCAGGCUGUGGGAUGUCUGUCUUUGCUGCAAAGCCUGGUCUGCACCACAGUGUGUCAGAUUGGCAAAGCAACAACAGGCAUCUGUCAGCCACAGCAGAACAUGAGAGACGAGUCUCAAAUGAGAUACGGCAGGUGGGGAGGACCGUACGCAACGAGACCACCAGCAAGACAAUCUUGGAUGAGAGCGCUACCUGUCGCAGGUUGAGCAACAGGAUCUGGGAUGUUGCACAGUGGAAAGAUGCUUUGGAAAUCUGUGCACAGGAAGUGGACAAAGAAAUGGAGGCUCUGACACUGUCUAAAGAGCAGACUGAACAGGCCCUGGCAGCCACAGGAGUGCCUCUGGAGGUCAGUGGGGAAUGUCUGACCCUGAGGGAGGGUCGACGUGGGUACGAGCUGGUCGGCGACCCUGUGGAGGAGCAGCUGAAGAAAGAAGUAGAACUUAUUGAAAAAGUGCAGCAAACUCUCCAGCAGCACAUAGACAAGGCCUUUGAGCAGCUGUGUAUCCUGCAGGAGGCUCGUCACCAGCUGACUGCUGACCUGCAAAACAAGGUGGACACCCUGAACAUUGACAUGGAGUGUUUGUCGCUCACAGUGAAGUCGCCACAGAUCUCACUGAAGACCAACCCUGCUCGCAUACCCACUGGUUCCAUCACUCCCCAGGAGUGGGUGCAGUUCAGCCAGUAUAAUGUGGUUCGUGCACAGGAAGCAGUGCAGGUGUCCCAGCAGAUAAGGGAGGACAUGAGCCUCACCAGGGCCCAGCUGCAGAAUGACUUGGAGACUCAACGCGGUGCCACCGACUUUGCCUUCCGCAAGCGUACUCACCACGAGGAGCAAGCCCGCCAUGAGCUGGAGUGGCAGCUAAAGAAUACUGAAGAAGAGAUUACAGAGCUGGAGUGUGAUAUCCGUGGGCUGAAUGAUGACCUCCAGGUGAAGACAAACUCAUUGAAGCUGGCCCACACGAGACUGGAGAACAGAACCAAUAGGCCGGGCAUGGACCUGUGCAGAGAUGAGGUUCAGCAUGGCCUGGUGGAGGAAGUGAACCAGUUGGAGAUGACCAUCAAGGCUCUGAAACAGAAACUGUCUGAGGCUCAGCACUCUCUGCAGAAGCUGCAGCUUCAUCACGCCCGGAUGUCCAAGGAUCUUAGCAGAAAGCAGGAGGCCUUAUCUCUGGAGCAGCGCAGCUUAAAUGCCCGUAGCCGCCUCGUUCCAGCUGCGUACACCGUCAGGUCUCCAGUAACACACGUCCCGCUCACCAACUCCAGCGGCAGACAUAACCUGCAGCUGCUUGCUCAGCUCAGGUGAGGGCCAGAGUUUUGAAAACCAUUCAUCUCUAAUGAAACUAAAUUAGAUAUGCAAGUGUAUAUUAUUUGC